CACGCACGCGCACACACACACACACACACACAAGCACGCGUGCGUGUCGUCUGCUGCUUUCAUCCAAGACGGUUCUCGCGCGCACAGACACCUGCUCCCCAUCUCUCAUUGGCCUCCUCACCCAUGAGCCAGCCCACGCGCUCUAGCAUCCCUGCCUGUAAUUGGCUGGCGCACCUGUCCGUCUCCCAUCGCGCUCUCACAUUGAAUAACGGCUCCGCGCUGUCUCGCGUACUCUUUAGUACGGUAGUAUGCGGUAGGGUUUUUGAAAGUGUACCAGUCCAAAGGCGUGGCUGGACUGUCCUAUUCAGUGGGCGGGCUUUAAGAGCCAUCCUGAGCCGUAAUUUGUUAUUGUUUUGACUAAAGGCGGGAUAUUCUUCGCCGGCUAUGAACACUAUUGGACGAAUAGAGGAUGUGUUUGGGCUGCUUUGAAGUCUCCGGUUUGCCCUCACUUCUGUCUCCUUUUUAUUCUCAGUGUGAAUGAGUGUGCGGCUUUCACCUGGAGCGCUGUAAUGGGAAAAGCCGCAUUUGCAGUAUUAUUUCAUACAAGCUGAAGAGAAAAAAGGAGGGGAGAAAAAAAUAAAUAAAAACAAAAAACGCCUUCCUUGGCCUUCGGCGUCAUAUUCGUCGGUUGGACUCGCAGCUCGGAGGGACAUAGCCAUGGCUAAGUCAGCAGCAGGCAGCGCUAAUGAUGUCACACGCUUCCUCUCCAUGGAGGCAGGGCCAAGCUCACCCACCACUGUAUUCUCUGCCUCCAGCCAAGCUGAUUGGGCGGCCAAGAGGCUUGUCUGGGUUCCCUCUGAGAAACACGGCUUUGAGUCUGCGAGCGUGCGUGAGGAGCGAGGCGAUGAGGUGGAGGUGGAGCUUACAGACAGCAGCCGGAAAUUGACAUUACUGCGGGAGGAGCUUCAGCGAAUGAACCCUCCUCGCUUCAGUAAAGUGGAGGACAUGGCUGACCUCACCUGCCUUAACGAGGCCUCUGUCCUGCACAACCUGAGAGAACGUUAUUACUCAGGACUGAUCUAUACAUACUCAGGCCUCUUUUGUGUGGUCAUAAACCCGUACAAGAAUCUGCCCAUCUACACAGAGUCCAUCGUAGAGAUGUAUCGUGGGAAAAAACGUCACGAGAUGCCACCACACAUCUACGCCAUAUCAGAGGCAGCGUACAGGAGCAUGUUGCAAGACAGAGAAGAUCAGUCCAUUCUUUGCACAGGGGAGUCCGGAGCAGGGAAGACAGAGAACACUAAGAAGGUGAUUCAGUACCUGGCACACGUGGCAUCUUCUCACAAAAGUGGUACUCUUGGCCGCAGCAAGGACAGCACUCUGCAGAUGGAUGGUACGCGUUCUCUGGGUCGUGGCAGUAGUACUGUAAACAGGGGGGAGCUAGAGAGACAGCUACUGCAGGCCAACCCUAUCCUAGAGGCCUUUGGCAAUGCCAAGACUGUCAAAAAUGACAAUUCUUCUAGAUUUGGUAAAUUUAUCCGUAUUAAUUUUGAUGUGGCCGGAUACAUAGUCGGUGCCAACAUUGAGACCUACCUUUUGGAGAAGUCUCGAGCCAUCCGGCAGGCCAAAGAAGAAAGAACCUUCCACAUUUUCUACCAGCUACUCUGUGGAGCCUCUGAGGCCAUGAGAGCGGAGCUGCUCCUGGGCAGUGCAGAUCAGUAUCGCUUCUUGUGUGGGGGUUCAAUUCCUGUUCCAGGUCAGAGUGACGCUGAGAACUUCACUCAGACCAUGGACUCCAUGAGCAUCAUGGGUUUUACACAAGAGGAGUGCACAUCCAUGUUGAAGGUGAUCUCUGCCGUGCUGCAGUUUGGGAACAUCAGCUUUCAGAAGGAGAAGAACUCGGACCAGGCAUCUAUGCCUGACGAUACAGCUGCACAGAAACUGUGCCACCUGCUGGGCAUCAGUGUGCUGGAGUUCAGUCGAGCAAUUCUCACUCCCCGCAUCAAAGUGAGCCGCGAGUAUGUGCAGAAGGCACAGACCAAGGAGCAGGCAGACUUUGCGGUGGAGGCUCUGGCGAAGGCCACUUAUGAGCGCCUGUUCCGCUGGCUAGUGCACCGCAUCAACCGAGCUCUGGACCGCAGACAGCGACAAGGAGCCUCUUUCAUCGGCAUCCUGGACAUCGCUGGGUUUGAGAUCUUUCAGCUGAACUCCUUUGAGCAGUUGUGUAUAAACUACACCAAUGAAAAGCUGCAGCAGCUUUUUAACCAUACCAUGUUUGUGCUGGAGCAAGAGGAGUACCAACGCGAAGGCAUUGAGUGGAACUUCAUCGACUUUGGGCUCGACCUGCAGCCCUGCAUCGACCUUAUUGAGAGACCGGCCCAUCCACCCGGCGUGUUAGCACUGUUGGAUGAAGAAUGUUGGUUUCCACGGGCAACAGAUCGAUCGUUUGUCGAUAAGCUGUCGACUGAGCAGGGCACGCAUCCCAAGUUCUUCAGGCCACGGCAGCUCCGUGAAGAGGCAGAUUUCUCUAUAAUCCACUAUGCUGGCAAGGUGAACUACAAGGCUGACGAGUGGUUAGUGAAGAACAUGGAUCCUUUGAAUGAUAAUGUAGCAUCUCUUCUACAUCAGUCAUCUGACCACUUCAUAUCAGAGCUCUGGAGAGAGGAUAUUCAGACACUUCCUCGUGUCUACUUUUUUGACUCCUAUGCUUCCCUGCAGACUAAUGGCUCUGACGGCAGUAGGUUUAUCCUCCCAUUGGAAAGGAUUGUGGGAUUGGACCAGGUAUCGUCUGGAGGUCUGGCAGAGAGCAGUGGGCCGGUGACGUUUGGAGCAGCUGGGCUGAAGACAAAGAAGGGAAUGUUCCGGACAGUUGGACAACUGUACAAAGAGUCACUGACCAAACUAAUGGCCACACUACGCAACACCAACCCCAACUUCCUGCGCUGCAUCAUCCCCAACCAUGAGAAGAGGGCAGGGAAGUUGACCCCUCACCUGGUCUUGGAUCAGCUUAGAUGUAAUGGAGUGCUGGAGGGGAUCAGAAUCUGCAGACAAGGCUUCCCCAACCGUAUCCCCUUCCAGGAGUUCAGACAAAGGUAUGAGAUACUGACUCCCAAUGCUAUACCUCGUACCUUCAUGGAUGGAAAGCAGGCCUCUGAGCUUAUGAUCAGGGCUCUGGAGCUGGACGGGAAUUUGUUCCGGGUGGGGCAGAGUAAAGUGUUUUUCCGAGCUGGAGUGCUGGCACACCUGGAGGAAGAGAGAGAUCUGAAAAUCACUGACACCAUAAUCCGAUUUCAAAGUGCUGCACGUGGAUACCUUGCUAGAAGAGCUUUCCAGAAGAAGCAACAGCAGCUAAGUGCACUGCGUGUGAUGCAGAGAAACUGUGCUGCCUACCUGAAGCUACGCAACUGGCAGUGGUGGAGACUCUUCACCAAGGUGAAGCCGCUGCUGCAGGUGACUCGUCAAGACGAGGAAAUUCAGGCUCGAGAGGCACAGCUUCAGAAAGCCAAAGAUAACCUGAGCAAAGUGGAGCAUGACUAUGUAGAACUGGAGAGGAAACACCAACAGCUGUUGGAAGAGAAGUCAGUCCUCACAGACCAGCUUCAGGCAGAGGCGGAGUUAUUUGCCGAGGCUGAGGAGAUGAGAGCACGGCUGGCCAGCCGUAAGCAGGAGCUGGAGGAGGUUCUGGGGGAACUUGAGGGCCGAUUGGAGGAAGAGGAAGAGAGGGGUGCACAGCUAGCCAAUGAGAAAAAACGAAUGCAGCAACAUGUACAGGAUUUAGAAGAGCAGUUGGAGGAGGAGGAAGGGGCGAGGCAGCGGCUCCUGCUGGAGAAAGUUACUCUAGAAACCAAAGUGAAAAGUCUGGAGAAUGAGACCAUGACUGCUGCCGAGCAGAGAGACAGACUGAACAAGGAGAAAAAGCAGUUGGAGGAAAGGCUGAAUGAGGUGGCUGACCAACUGACUGAAGAGGAGGAAAAAGUGAAGAGCCUCAACAAGCUCAAGAACAAACAGGAAGCUGUUAUCGCUGACCUAGAAGAGCGCCUGAAGCGGGAAGAGCAGAGCCGUCUUGAGCAGGAGAAAUGGAGGAGGCGCAUGGAGGGUGAGGCAGCCGAGGCCCAAGAGCAGCUCGCUGAAAUGGGUCUGAUUGUUACAGAACUCAGAGGCAGCCUGGCUAACAGAGAGAAAGAGAUAACCACACUACAGACACGUUUGGAGGAGGAGGGGGCUCGACGUGCGGAGGCACAGCGGGCUCUUAGGGAGGCCAUGUCUCAAGUAUCUGAGCUGAAGGAAGAGGUAGAGAAUGAACGAGGGAUGAGAGAGAGGGCCGAGAAGCAGAGACGGGAUCUUGGCGAGGAAUUGGAGGCUCUGAGGACAGAACUGGAGGACACAUUGGACACAACUGCUGCCCAGCAAGAGCUCAGGUCUCGGCGUGAGGCUGAGUUGGGAGAACUGCAGAGACUGGUUGAAGAGGACACACGGCGUCAUGAAGCCCAGCUCUCAGAGAUGCGAGUCAAACAUAGCGCAGCCAUCGACUCCCUGCAGGAGCAGCUGGACAAUGCCAAGCGAUCGCGUCAGUCUCUGGAGAAGGCGAAGGCUGUACUGGAGGAGGAGCGCGGGAACCUGACAGCUGAGCUAAAGACCCUGCAGGGGGGCAAGAUGGAGAGCGAGAGAGCAAGGAAGAGAGCUGAGGGGCAGCUGCAAGAGCUCACAGCCCGCCUGGCCCAGGCCGAGAGAGAGAGGGAGGAGAGGGAGGACAGGCUCCAUAAACUUCAGUUGGAGAUAGACUCUCUGUCCAGCUCUCUGUCUGCAUCUGACUCCAAAUCCCAUCGUUUGAGCAAAGAGGUCAGCAGUCUGGAGAGUCAACUACAUGAUGCUCAGGAGCUGCUGCAGGAUGAGACGCGUCAGAAGCUGGCACUUGGAUCCCGUGUGCGAGCUCUGGAGGAUGAGAAAGCAGCUCUGACGGAGAGGGUGGAGGAGGAGGAAGGAAAAACCAGAGAACUCGCACGCCAGAUCCAAACGUACACUCAACAGCUUUUUGAGCUGAAGAGACAGUUAGAAGAAGUGAAUGCAGCUGUGGAAGCAGGAGAGGAGAGCAGGAGAAAACUACAGAGGGAGCUAGAGAGCGCCAUGCAAAGAGAGAGAGCCAAAGAAGAGGAGAGGGAGCGAGUGGAGCGCCAGAAGGAGCGCCUGAGGGAGGAGAUAGAAGACAUGACCAUUGCCUUGCAAAGAGAGAGACAGAACUGCACUGCUCUGGAAAAGAGACAGAAGAAAUUUGAUCAGUGUCUAGCAGAGGAGAAGGCAGUGAGUGCACGACUGGCCGAAGAGCGAGACCGAGCAGAAGCUGAGAGCCGUGAGAAAGAGACCCGCUUCCUGGCUCUGUCUCGAGCUUUACAGGAAGCGUCAGAGCAGCGUGAUGAGCUUGAGAGAACCAAUAAGCAGCUUCGUCUCGACAUGGAGCAGCUCGUCAAUGCCCAGGAUGAUGUGGGCAAGAACGUGCAUGAACUGGAGCGUUCUCGGCAUGCUCUAGAGGUGGAGGCACAGUCGCUGAGAGAGCAGACCCAGGAGCUAGAAGAGGAGCUGGCUGAGGCAGAGAACUCGCGUCUCCGGCUAGAGGUCACACUGCAGGCGCUCCGAGCCCAGUUUGAGCGUGAGAUCAGCGCCAAAGAAGAGAAAGGAGAGGAGAAGAGACGGGCCCUUAACAAACAGGUGCGUGAGUUAGAAACUCUGUUAGAAGAAGAGAAGAGUCAGAGAGCUCAAGCACUAUCCAUCAAGAAGCAGAUGGAGGCAGAGCUCCAAGAGGCUGAGGCUCAAGUGGAGGCAGCUACUCGGGGAAGAGAGGAGGCUCUCAGGCAGAUAAAACGACUCCAGACUCAGAUGAAGGAGGUGUUGCGGGAGUUGGACGAGACCAAGAUAGCUCGAGAUGAAAUUAUUGUCCAAUCAAAAGACAGCGAGAAGCGCCUGCAGACUCUAGAGGCCGAGCUGCUGCAGCUGACAGAGGAGAUGGCCGUGUCUGAGAGGUUGAGGAGACAGGCUCAGCAGGAGCGAGACGAGCUGUCUGAAGAGAUUCUCAACACCGCCAGUGGGAAGACGGCUCUGUGUGAUGAAAAGAGACGUCUGGAGAUGAGGAUCAGUCAGCUGGAGGAAGAUUUGGAGGAGGAGCAGAGCAAUGCUGAGCUCAUGGCUGAGAGGCACAGGAAGACCACGCUGCAGGUGGAGACUCUGACAGUGCAGCUGGCGGGGGAGAGGACUCUGGUGCAGAAGAGUGAGGGGGCACGAGAGAGUCUUGAGAGGCAAAAUAAGGAGUUGAAGACCAGGCUGACGGAGCUGGAAGCAGCUGUGAGGGGCAAACACCGCGUCAGUGUUGCUGCUCUGGAGUCGAAAAUUGAAAACAUGGAGGAACAGCUGGAACAGGAAAGACAGGAGCGUGCGAUGGCCAACAAGCUGGUGAGGAAAACGGAGAAGAAGCUUAAGGAAGUAGUUAUGCAGGUAGAGGAUGAGAGGAGACAUGCAGACCAGUACAGAGAGCAGCUGGACAAGUCAGUGGGGCGUCUGCGGCAGCUGAAGAGGCAGCUGGAGGAGGUGGAGGAGGAGAAUUCACGCACAAACGCCCAGCGCAGAAAACUGCAACGGGAGCUCGAAGAAAUGGGUGACAGCAUGCAGAGCAUGACACGAGAACUCAACACUCUGCGCUCCCAGCUCAGCAGCACAGAACAACCCAAAGGCGCCAAACGUGCUCCGCUCCCUCUCUCUGUACGUGGAGGUCGGAGAGCUCUGGUGGAUGACCUCUCACAGGAGAACUCUGAUUCUGAAGAGCCUCCUGCCUCACCUACGCCCUCCAGUGGCCUUCCAGGAACCCCUGUGCCCUCCGAUAGUGCCCUGGGCCCCCCUCCCCCAUACAGCGUCACAGAUGCGACUCAGCAGAGGGGGGAAUGAUGGGCAGAUAGGUGAACGAUAGAAGGAAUAGACGAACAGACUACUCUAUAAACUGACACAGCGCACACUGUAUUGACUAUACCUCUGCAGCCAAGGCAGAAGUUAUUAUAUUGAAGAUGCACAUGAGUGUUCACAGAGGAAAUAAUACUAGUACUACUGAAAUCAGUCAUAUGCUGACAUUGAAUAAGUGGAAAUCCAGCUACUUUUCCUAACGUUCUAAGGAAAAAUAGCAUUAAAGUAUAUCAGAGAAGCCACAUAUCAGUGCAGUGUGUAUCAGGCUUAAUGUGGCAACAUGCACUCUCACGAUUUAGAGGUCUCAGAUGAGUUUAGAGAUGUGUGAGAUAGCUGCACAAACCCUAUGUGCUUUUGCAGUCAACCGUAAGCCAUGUAUUUAAGGGCAAUCUACAUGUUUAUGAUGGCAAUCAAAAAAUGUUUAAAAAAAAAACGCAACCAGACAUUCUUCAAAUACAGAGCCAUGGUAAGGCAAACUCUCAUUGGCCAUGCUUGCAUGAAUGAUUAAUCUGCAGUAUUACUUUCAGGCUUUCUCUCUCUCACUUUAUCUGAAAUUGAUUUUAGGAAUUGGGAAUUGAAAUUUUUAACAAAAAAGUAUUUGUCUUUGAUAUCAGUUGGUAUCAACUUCAAAUUGUUAUAAUAGAGAAAUUAACUUUUUUUAAUCAAAUGUGAUUUAGUAAGGAUGAUUUUAUUCAUAUAAACAGACAUUUUCAUAUCAACAAGAAAGUGAAAGAGAGAAAAUGAUUUACUGUGAAAUAUCUAAAUAUGAGCCAGGCAUGCUAGCUUUGACAUUUUUUGGUAUAAACACAGGAACAGUAAGAUGGAUCAUACAAAAUUACAAUCCAAAAACAGAUUCAUGUAGGACAAAAAUGAAACAUUUGAAGACAGUAAAUUAGAUCACAUUUGUGAAUUCACUUUGAUAAAAUUCAUGAAUAUUAGUAGUAGAAGUAAUAAUUCAGUGAUAGUUAUUAUUGGCUCAAAUGGUAUUGAAAAUGUUCAACACUUUCAAAAUGUUGUACAAGGAACACAAUAAUAUUCAUUUUAAGAAGUGUUUUCCAAAAGUACAAUAUGAAAUAAUGUUAGGUUAUAAUCAUAGGUAAUAUUCAGAACUCCUGGGUAGCAAGGCUUUUUUUUUUCUUUUUUCAAUUUUGUGUUACAUCCUGUUCUUGAGUAUCUUAAACACUGACCUUGCUUUUUUUUUUUUUAGAUGGUCAGUUCUGAAGUGAGUACAUGCGUUAUGUAGACUGUGAGCAGUUAAAUGAGAUUUUUUAAAGUACUUCUUACAUCCUGUCACUCCCAGUUUCAGUCUGCUUAACCGUAAUGUCAGUCUAUAUAUUCUCAUUAUCCAAGUUAUUUAUUCAUGUUUUGAAUGUCAUGUUGCUUAUACUUUGCAGUGUAACAUUAAUGCAGACAGAGAUCCUAAGGGAGAACACUGUGUACAAUUAUGUGCAUUUUGAAACAAGUACACUAAAUCUACAGUGGUAGCAAAGAAAAGAAUUUGUCAUUGCGGAUUUUAAAAAAAAACUUUAACAAAUGGUCAUCCUGUGCACUAUGCCAUUUUAAAAAUACCUUUGGGUUUAUCAGUAUGACAUUUCUUUUCAUAACAAGUAAAACAUUUAUGGACGAAAGCUUUAUGUUUUACCAAAUUGAUGGCAUAUGGGUUGAAAAAGGGAUAUUAACAUAAGUAGUUAGAUAGAUAGGUAGAAAGUACAUGUAAUUUAAAGCGAAACUCAGUGGCAGUUUCAAUACCCAGGACCUAAUCCUAAUUUAUUGCCUGCACCAAGAAUGAGGUAUUGCAAGUUAGAUCACAUUUUUAAGACAUCUCUUGUAGCUGUUUGAUGGAAGUGAGGGUAUAAAAGUUUUUUUAGUCAGAGAUCUUAAUGUGAGAAAAGAUGGUACCUAUGUGACAGAGCCUUAUAAAUUGUUUUUCCUGAUUAUAUAUGCUUUAAUGUCACAGUGUGGUUAGUAACUUUAACAAUGAAGUGCAUUAAACCACACAGAAGACUCUCUAAAUCUCUGCUGAACGUCUUCUUUAAGAGGUCUGACAAACAAGUCCUUUGCAUUAGUGUAACAUCUAUUAUAUUCACCUCAAAUAAAAAGCUGCUCUUGUACAUUUUUUUCCAUUUUAGACACUUCUAGAUAUUUCUAGACUUCUAGACCAUUUUAGACACCAUUUCUUUCCUUAUGUGAAUUAGAAUAUAAAUGUUAUGACACUGUUACAGUUUUACAGAAGUUAAUUGUUACUUAAAUGUACUAAAAUGACGUUCAUAUUUGUUCACAAAAAAGGUUUUAGGUUUAGGACCAAACAAUCCACUGCAAUCUUGUACCUAUAAUUUAUUAGACAUGUUGUGAAAAUGAAGAUGUAGUAAGGUUGGCCUCUUUGUCCGCCUGCUCUGUGUUGUUUGCUAAAGCUGUUUCUUUGUGCAAUAACAGUCAUUUUGAUGCACUGGUGCUGUAAAGGCUGGUAAACUACAGGUACAACAUGUUUACCAGCACCUAUUGUUCAGGACCCAUACUGGCAAUUGUGUUUAGCUGACACUGUUCACGAUAUAUUCUCAUCAGUAUUAUGGGAGAAUAUUUUGACUGAUAAAUCUACCCUCAUAAUAAAUGUUGUCAUAACUUAGCCAUGUGUUUUUGUCCCAAUUGAUUUAUAUUCACUUUAACAUUUUAAACUUAAAGACGGGCUUUUUGGUUUUGCCUGUUUUAAUUAGAAAAUGAAAUUACACACUUGAAAAGUACACUUUAAAGAUGCUCUUGGCCCUCACAUCUAAGUGGACCUUAAUAUUUAUUCUAAAUGUAACAUUGAGCCUACAUGUAAUAUUCUCCUGUAUUUGGUAUAGGAAACUGUAAUGUAAAAAAAAAAAUUGACCCUUCAGAAACUCUAGUCAAUUAAAUUUUACUUUUUAACUUUUAACUUUUUAACUAUUUGUCUUAGAUUUCUAUAUUUGUUAAGAAAAAAGGAGGCUAGGCUGCUGAAUUACUAAAGAGCAUCUAACAGUGAAUACAGGGACAGAAAAUAUCAUUUGGAUUUCUCCAUGGCAGAGUUGGUACUGUCUCAAACAUCUUUGUUUUGUGCCUCUGUGGAACUUUCGAUCUAUUUGUUUGUUUUUUUGUUUUUGUUUUUUUUGCUUUCUUUUGUUUAAUUUGACUAUGUGAAUAAAAUCCGACUGGGGUGAAUUUGAAUAUACUGUGUGUCAUUAGUUUUGAAAUAUGUGGAUCGUUCUAUUGUUUUAAAUGAGUACACUCACAGUGGCAUACUCAUUACAUUUUGAAAACAUAGCUUUAUAUAAAUUGGCCAGUCAAUGAGUUUACCGUUUUAAAAAUGUCAACUCCAGAUACACUAUAAUAUGAAAAUCUAUCUCAAUAAAUUAUACAUGAUUAGUCUCUUUAUCUAAUACACUAUAGAAAAUUUGAACAAUAUUACCAAUAUUAUCAGUGUCUGAAUAUGAAUCUGCUCACAAAACUUUCAUUACAGUCUAAACUCAAGCUGUAACUGUGGCUAAGCCUUUGUUUAUCAAUGGAAAGCCUUCCGUCCAACAGAUUGUACACUCACUGGCAACUUUUAUUAGUAACA